GCCAUCCCCUCUAUAGCUAACAACCACCCUUCCUACGAUGAUAUGAUACUAAGAUCAAUCGAGGCGCUGAAGGAUAGCAAGGGUUCCAGCUGGCAUGCAAUUUCCAAAUACAUUACGGACAACUACUCUGAUGUCCCCCCGAAUCACGACGCCCUGCUGACUGACCAUCUACGCGAACUCCAUUCUAAAGGCGUCGUCCGUAUGUCAAAGCUCUGCUACAAGGUUGAAGAUGGAUCAAGAAAGCGGGGUCGGCCUCCGAAAUUGACUUUGCAUGGUGAACCCAAGAAACGUGGCCGACCUCUGAAACUUUUAUCUGAUGUUGCUGCAACUAAUAAAAGAAAGCGAGGACGGCCGCCAAAGGGCACGGCUCCUGUGGCUAACGGACCGGUUUACAUUGUUUCUCGGGCGGAGAAGCUGAGUUCUGGUCUUUUAAGGAGUUUUCAUGGGGCUGUAGCCAUUGUUCUUCCCAAGAGUAUUUUAAGCGAGAAGCCGGCCAGGAAUCCCAUCCUUAUUCUUCCCAAAGGGAUCGAGUCUUUCACUGAGGUUUCGACUGGUAAGAAGAAGGUGGGUAGGCCAAAAAAGGCUGACAUUAAGAGAAAACGUGGUCGACCUAGAAAGAAUGCUGUGUUGGUAAAGCAGGAGCUGGGGAUUUACGAUGAUGCGAAUGCGAAGUCUGCGAAUCUGCGUGCGAGAAGUCCUGGACGACCUUGGAAGAUCAGAGAUUUAUUGGUGCCUUCAACUACACAGGGGAUAUUGAAGAAGUCUGGAGAAACUGGGAUGCAUGGAAGUGCUCAAGAAACUCGGGAGACUGCAGAUUUUGUGUUGAAAAAGAGAUCUCCUGGGCGUCCCAGGAAAAACCCAUUGUUUGAAGGUCACGAUCCUCCUCCUGAUGUUCUUGUUGAAUAAAGGAAUUAACUUCUGUAUCUGGUUAGUCCUUUGAAUUCAUCUAUUGUCUUGAAUUGCCAGUUUUAUGUCAGAAAUAUUGGUGAAUAUCAGUGGUUGGAUGGUAAGUUGUGCGUGUAUGAAUUGUGUUUUUUUUUUUUUUUUUUUU